GCUCUUACUCGCUUACAUCCACUUGCACCUCUUAUUUUUCAUUCUCUCGAUUUUCGAUUUGUCGCCGUCUGUGACAGCGGACUCGUGGAUUUUCAUAUUUUAUUCAAUCUCAUCAGAGAAAUGCCACUUCCUGACGAACGACCUCGCGCCAGCGUAGCAAAUCUCAUUGGAAGGUUCGAGCAACAGAAUAAGAAGACUGUGCAGGCUGGCACUGGCCCAGUCAUACCAGGCAGGAGUUCUAGUGUCGUAUCUAAUAUUACUGGUGAUUCGGUGAAGGAAGCUGUUAAGGAGAAACGGGAGUGGCCUCCAAAGGUCGCGCCCACACCGGCAGUGGAUCCCCCAGCCCUCAUCAGGGCUACUCCAUUUCCAACCAAUACAGGUUCAUUCGACUCCUCCGCGAUCUCCAAUACCAGUAACAAGCACGAUGUCUUACCCUCUGAAACCCCUGGUUCUACACCUCAUGUAGCAGAGUCUCCCGCAGCUCCUGUCGUAGACACUGUUAUUCAGAACGCCCAAAACGACAGCGGGAUGGGCGCAGAGAACACUCACAUCGGAGAGAAAUUUCUCAAGUCACCGAAAUCUCAACCCGCCAAAGGAACGAAAUCCCCACCCCCUUCCUCUUUUCGCACUCCUUCUAAGACGCCUGCAAAGGCCGUCCCAAGGAACGUUAGCAACACAGCGAGUACGCCUGCCUUACGUACACAACAUACCGGACAGUCCUUUUCAUCUACAUCUUCAACACGUAAGUCUGUGACACCAAAGACGGCGCCUAGUACCCCUUCCCGACCCAAAACGAGUUCCGGGAUACCAAGCGGCGCUCCGAAAGAGAAAGCACCAUUAUCAGUUGCUCGUUCCAAGACACCUACCCCCUCCAAGUCGCCUGCGUCAACUGCUGUUCCCGCUCGGUCGAAAACGCCCUCAUCCAACUUGUUCACCCCCACUGCGGCGUCACUAGCGAAGUCUCGUAAUACUUCCGGGGAGAUUUCAACACCGAUGCGUAGGGUUACAUUGAGCAGCUCUGCUGCGGACCGUUUGAGCAAACCAACAGCUUCUUCCCUUUCAAAGGCGCGCAGCCCUCCUCCUGUAACUCAAAUCCGGGGAUCACCGUCCGAUCGAGGAUCUACUACGAAGCCCGCACAACAGAGAGGUACCAAGCCGAGAGUUGUUGUAACUUCCAAGGGCGAAACGAAAAACAAGUCCACUGUUGGAGAAGUGAAGCUCACGUCAGAUUCAGAAGAGUUGUCGGUGCAUCACGAGGCAGCCAGCCCGACGCCUGGCAGUGUUACACGUCUUCCUAACGAACCAACGCUUUCACAUGGAGUAGAGAAUAAUGGUCAGGGUGACGAGUCCAAAUCUGUAGGCGCAGAGUCACCGGCUGAUGUAGGCUCUUUAGAGCAGCAUGGUCUCCCGCUCGACACAGGAGAGGUGGAUGAUGACCGAAGUGCAACACCAGUGAAACGCGAGCUUUCUAAUGUUGAUGGGCAGGAAACGGAGAACGGAGUUCAUGACCUGGCGAACCGAGUGGGCACUGACAUUGAGGACAUGGUCAACCUCCUGGAACAUACCAAGGCUAGGCCAGUCAGCAUCAUCAACAUCCCGGAUGAAGUCAACGAGAUACCAGACGAGGACUGACCAAUAUUAUAUUUCAUUGAUGACUUUAUAUUCACGUUUUGAUUUUGAUAUCGCACUGUCCCUUGUAUUCAUCUUCUACUAUUCAGCAUUGUACCCCUUCGCAAGGUGAGUCCCCUCACGGAGUCCGUUGUAAUAACUUUAGCGACUCAUUCCUUCAGUAUAGUCACAUAUCUUGAAUCCAACGUUUCCUUAUGCCUUUCAACAUAUUACGCUCGCUCUGGCUCGAUUGCUUUCUCUGCUUUCUCUUUCUCUUUUCUUUUAAUAUUCGUGGAAGGUGGUCCAUCUUGGCUUCGAAUGCAUCUUGUGUAGCCAGGAUUGAGAUAUGAUCACGAUAUAAUGCUAAAUAUAGUCGAUGAAAUGCACAAUAAAUAAUACUGCAACGCUUGCUGCGAGUUGGCGA